UAUACAGUUCACGACUUAGCAACUCUUGCGCCAACAUACGUACGUACGUACGUACGUAUAUACAUAUUUAAACUAUCCCAGAUGCCUUGCUCCUCGCACUUCAUUAUUUUCUAGUACGUGGACACAGCCGCCAGCCUGCUGCUACUAUCGUUCCAGACAAAAGGCUUCGCCCUUACAUCAGUACAGAAUAUAGACAGCCUUGUGCGAGUUCCACUGAGCGAGUGAAGGCUCCCAAACGCAAAACUCCCCCUGCUGCAUCACACUCAACGGCAAUAUUUUGUGUAUAACAUGUUCUAACGGGAAACCAGAGCCUUGUGCAACAAUCUGUGCCUUCGACUUGUAGCCAAAGGCACACCGGACGAUCGUCGUCACAGGACAAGAAUCCAGAACGUGUGGCUCAGUCUGCACCGCCACACGCACACAGCCACUGCUCCACCGAUUGUGAAGUGAAAUCCACAAAACAUGGCCAAAUUUUUGCCUAUUAUUGGUGAAGCAUACACCACAGUUGAAAGUGGCAUUUUAAUCGGGUGUGCUGGUGUGUUCAAAGUCUUUGGGGAUGACAAAGCUGCCAGUGAAUUUGUUGAUUGUGCAGGCAAAUCAUGGAGGGAAUACAGUGAAACAAGUGCUCUGGCAGCUCCUAUCAAUGCAAUAAUACAUGACAGCAAGGGAGAUCAUAAAAAAGCAAUGAAGAUUAGAGAUUCUUACCUGAAUGCAGCAUCAUCUUGUGCAGAUGGCAUUCCUGUAGUGGGGCAUGCUAAAGGGCUUGUUCACUAUGCGAUGGGCGACGUACAGAAAGGGCAUAAGUCAAUGGAAGCCUCUACAAGAAAUGUGGCAGUUUUAGGCGCUGGACUUGCUACAGGGGGACUUGGUGCUGGAGUGGCUAUAGGAGCUGUUGCUGGGAUUGGUGCUGGGGUUGCAUAUGACGCCACAGCGACUAUUGUUGAUGAUGCAGUAAACGGGGAGGACUCAACACUCCAUGGAUCUAUUGCUUUGAUUCGUCCAGAUAGAAUGAACCCAAAUGAACUUGUUGGCGUUCUCAUUGGUAUUGUUGGUGAUGGUCUAACUGGUGCAGGUGGAGCUGAAUGGGGAAAAAAUAUUCGGAUAAAAAGAUCAUUACAGAAUGCUUACAAGAAUUCACAGGAUCUCAGGCAGACAGGAAUUGAUCAUAAAACUGCAACUAAACUUACUAUGGAAGCUGCUGAAGCGAGCAAAAAAGCAAAAGGAGCAUUGAAGAAACAAGUUAAAUAUGCAACCAGUGAAGUUGUAGACUCAGCUACUGGUCAGAAAGGCGUUGGUCAUAGUGGAAGAUAUAACAAGCAAAUGAGGAUGGAGAAUUAUGAAAGUUUUGGCUAUAAAUCCAAAACUGCUGCUAAAAAAGCCAAAGUUUACGGUGAACCAUCUCAUCUCCAAACCAGAUAUGAAAAUGUUCAGCAAGUUAUUCAAAACCUCAAGCUGCAUGUGCUGAACACCCAGCAUUUGAUCAAAUGGCGAACAAGAAUCCAAAUUACAACCCCAGGAACGUCACCACAGCUACUGUCUAUAAGAAUAAAAAUAACUUUAGCACUGCACAACGCUGUAAGAACUGUCAUGCCUACGGUCCUGGAAUGGGAAACGUGGUUACAGAUUGUAUUCCUAACAGAACUCCUGUUCCCACUCCUGGUUAUGAGGCACGUGGUGCUAGGUUUACCCUUGUUGGUAUUGCCGUAAACAAUGACGAUGAGUAUGAAACAGAUAGUGACUGAAAGUUCAGCUUCAUAACAUUUUUUGGAGAAUAUGUGUGUGUGUGUGU